AUGACGACCAAAGUGUUGGCCGUUAAUACAUACCGUACUGGCCCAGGGUACAUCUACCGCGACCCUUCCCUCGUUCUCCCUAACUCGAGUGACCAUGGCCAAUUCUCUUCAAGCUCACACCGCCGUUCCCUGUCCACUCCACAUCUCCGGCGUCUCUGUCGAUUUCAGCAGGUCGAGAAAGAAUGUAGAAUCUGCUCAAGUACGAAUCGGCAAAUUGCACAUGCCAAUCGCCGAACGCGGUCCAGGAAAGGCUUGGCGACAGACAUUUUCUCCGCCCAUGAAGCUUCUGUUGGAGAUUCAUUUUCCGUACGUAUACACUACAAGAAAUGGUUAGGCAUGAAGGCCGAUCAUGAAGACAUUGUUUUCGAACUGGAAGACAUGUUCCGCGUGUCUGGUUCAGAACACGACAGACAAGAAUACAACAAGAUUCACAAAAAAUUCAGGAUAGUCAUCAAACUUUCCGGUGACGCAACCACCGAAGAUUACUAUGAAGGGCCGUUCUUCGGGUUGACACCAGAGGCUCCCAAGGUUCCGAAUUCUGGUGAUAGGAAAGACCGGCGUUGGCAAGUCCUCGUGAUCAACCUCGCAUUUGGGGUGCAAAACGCGGCGGGCGAAGCCAACAUCAACACGAGUUUCAUAUCACGACAGAACGACCGAUUCGUUCUCCACGAUAGCAAAGGUUUCGAACCAGGCGGAGAUGACAACCUCACUAUACUGCAUGCUAUUUGGCUUUGUUUCGAAAUACCCCGCGAAGGCGGGCGUUUACUCGAGACUGGUACAGAGGAAUUCCUGACAUUAAAGCGUGAGGGCGCGCUGGGAAACAGUACGUCGAUCGAUGACUAUGGCUCUGAGCGUGUGGCAGCUCACCCUUUGGUCAAAGUCCCCGUCGUCGUCGUUCUCACUAAAUUUGACAUGUUCAUCGACCGCGUGGAUCACACCCUGGAUGAAUCCUUGCUCGAAGGAUUGAGCAACAGCGCGAUCCACGAAACUCAUCACGAAGAAAGCGGAUACCGAGCUACAGGAGGUCUGCAUCGGACCCCUACAGCAAUUUGCAGGGGUCUGACAUCCCCUACGCCACGGUCUCUAGUGGCCAAGGAAGACCACAAAGAAACACUAGCCCAUCUUAUCGAGACGACUGAAAGCCACGUCCGACAGAAUUUUUCCGUCCGAGGCGUGGGUGAUGACCUCCAUCGCUCAACGAGUGGACCCUGGACUCAAAAUCAAGGCCUCGAUAGAGGUCGGCAAGAGAAAAUAUUGGAAAGCGCUCGUAUCAAGCGCAGCAUUCAAGAACCGAACGACAUGGAGCUGUCUGGGUGUGGUUCAUACUGA